GUAAUCUAUUCGGUUGUCUAAAAUCAAAAUUUCAAAAGUAAUCCUUCGGUAAACCAUUUAAAACAUGUAUAGAAUGCGAAAUAUGGGGCUUAUGAAACUAAGAAAAGGUUUAAUGAGCCCGCGCCUCUUUUCGGGUUCGGCAAAUAAAGGCGAUUCGGGUAAGGAUUCUUGUAAGGACGAUGGAGCCAAAAAAAGUGACAAGAAGAAGAAAAAAGUUGAUCUAUGUGGAAGACCUGUAUUUCCCACAGCUCCUCGCUGCAAAAACAAACCCAAAGGUUCAGAUGGCAAAUCCGGAGAUGAUUGCAAGAAAAAUUAAAGUUCUUGACACUUCCAGAAGUAUUUUUUAUAAAUUCCAAUCACGAACUUUGUGAAAUCAUAGAUUGCCCUGAAGAAAAGUUCAACCUUACUGGAA